AUAGACACACGACAUCGUAAAUGGCAACGAAUACUCUGGCGUAAAUCACCAGAUGAACCUCUUCAAGUAUAUGAAUUGAAGACGGUAACUUAUGGAAUGGCAAUACGCGCACUGCGUCAAUGUGCGAAUGACAAUUAUAAGGUCAUCUAUGACCCAAGCCGGGCUGCCGCAGCGCGUCAUAGCAUACUUUAUAAUUUCUAUGUUGAUGACUAUUUGGAUAGCGUCGACAGCGACGAACUUGGCGUUACCCGAGCUCAAGACGUAGCAACGGUUUUGAAACAAGGACAAUUAAUAUUAGGAAAGUGGAAUUCCAACUCUACACAUGUAUUAUCUACAAUAACCGGUACAACAGUUUCCGCAUCGGAACUGGAAUUAGACAACUCAACGACAAAGGUAUUGGGUCUUUACUGGGAU